UUAUAAUUUCAAGAAAUGCUGUGACCUACUUGAAGAACAUUAUCCACAGAAACUUUUGGCUCAUGAUAAUUCUUAAAGCUAGAAUGGCUUUGAAAAAAACACCUAAACUGUUCAAGAAAUUAUUUUUUCACUGGAAACUUUGGAAAUUUAGCAUUAUUGUAUUUGUCUUUCUGGUAUUUUUAUUUUUAUUGCAAAGAGAAGUAGGUGUUCAAGAUUUUAAAGAUGAAGCAGGGAUUGAGCCAGUUGUUGGAAAGAAAAGUCAUGUAUUAGGUCUAGUGUUAAAUGCUAUGAACAAUAUCAAAGGUGCAAAGCCAAAAAUGCAGAUAAAAGCACCUGUUAGGCAAACUAAAAUUCCUGGAGAGAGACACUGUUUGCCAGGACACUAUACUGCAGUAGAACUAAAACCCUUUCUAGAUCGACCCCUUCAAGAUCCUAAUGCUCCUGGAGCUUCUGGUAAAGCAUUUAAAACCAUCAACUUAAAUUCAGAAGAACAGAAAGAAAAACGACAAGGAGAAGAAAAACACUGUUUUAAUGCAUUUGCAAGUGAUAGGAUUUCUUUACACCGAGAUCUUGGACCAGACACUCGACCUCCUGAAUGUAUUGAACAAAAGUUUAAGCGUUGCCCACCAUUGCCAACCACAAGUAUUAUAAUAGUUUUUCAUAAUGAAGCAUGGUCUACUCUGCUCAGAACUGUUCACAGCGUGAUGUAUACAUCUCCUGCCAUACUGCUAAAGGAGAUUAUUUUGGUGGAUGAUGCCAGUAUGGAUGAAUACUUGCAUGACAAACUAGAUGAGUAUGUGAAACAAUUUCAAAUAGUUAAAGUAGUCCGUCAAAAGGAGAGAAAAGGUCUAAUCACUGCACGGUUGUUGGGAGCUUCCGUAGCAACAGGAGAGACCCUGACUUUUCUGGAUGCUCAUUGUGAAUGCUUUUAUGGCUGGUUAGAGCCAUUAUUGGCAAGAAUAGCUGAGAACCCUGUUGCUGUUGUGAGCCCUGAUAUUGCUUCUAUAGAUCUCAAUACUUUUGAAUUCAGUAAACCAUCUCCUUAUGGGCAUAGCCACAACAGAGGAAAUUUUGAUUGGAGUUUGUCAUUUGGAUGGGAGUCUCUUCCUAAACAUGAAAAUAAAAGAAGAAAGGAUGAAACCUAUCCUAUUAGAACACCUACUUUUGCUGGAGGUCUCUUUUCAAUAGCAAAAGACUACUUUGAACACAUUGGAAGCUAUGAUGAAGAAAUGGAAAUAUGGGGAGGUGAAAAUAUAGAAAUGUCUUUCAGAGUAUGGCAAUGUGGUGGACAGUUGGAGAUCAUGCCUUGCUCUGUUGUUGGCCAUGUCUUUCGCAGCAAGAGUCCCCAUACUUUCCCAAAAGGUACUCAAGUGAUCACACGUAAUCAAGUACGCCUUGCAGAAGUGUGGAUGGAUGAAUAUAAAGAAAUAUUUUACCGAAGAAACACAGAGGCAGCAAAAAUUGUGAAACAAAAAACAUUUGGAGACAUCUCAAAAAGGCUUGAGUUAAGACAGCGUCUGCAGUGUAGAAAUUUUACUUGGUAUCUCAGUAAUGUUUAUCCAGAAGCAUAUGUGCCAGACCUGAAUCCUUUGUUUUCUGGAUAUUUAAAAAAUAUUGGUAACCGCAUGUGUCUGGAUGUUGGUGAAAAUAACCAUGGCGGCAAACCAUUGAUUAUGUAUUCUUGUCAUGGACUUGGAGGAAAUCAGUACUUUGAAUAUUCUGCACACCAUGAAAUUAGACAUAACAUUCAGAAGGAGCUUUGUCUGCAUGCUUCUAAAGGACCUGUGCAGCUUCGUGAAUGUAACUACAAAGGCCAGAAAACCUUUGCCGUUGGAGAAGAGCAAUGGCUGCAUCAAAAGGAUCAAACUCUGUACAAUGCAGCACUACAUAUGUGCCUUACAGGAAAUGGAGACCAUCCGAGUUUGGCAUCCUGUAAUCCAUCAGACAGCUUCCAGAAGUGGAUUUUUGGCCAGAACAAUUAAGAUUUUCUAUCUAUGGGCCAGGAGCAUUUUAUUAAAAGAUCCAUUCUAAACUGUGAUCAUGUAUGUAUACUGCAUUUUUAAGUGAUGCAUACUUUAAAUGCAAAAUGUUUCAAGUUUCUUUUCCCUCUUAUUUAAGUUGGAUAUUAAAUACGUCAUCAGAGAUUCCUUAGGAGUCUGUUAUACCAAAGAUGAUUGAGAUGCUAAUUAAGAAAAAUGUUUACAAUAUUUCUAUGGUAAGACUUUAUAUGUUGACCACUGAUUCAUGGAUCCUUUUCACCUUGGGAACCACAUGUAUAUUGUUUUUCCACGUUUUAAGUACUUCUGAAGAAGACUCAUUUUCUCUGUAGAGUAUGAGAAAUUAUGUACUGUCUAAAAACCAAGACACUUUAUAUGUAUAGUUUUAUGUUCAAUUGGUUGAUUUAUUUUUUAUUAAUUGUUACUUUGUGAACCUUUCUCAGUAAUUUUUAAGUUCCUUCAGCUGAAAAAUUAAAUGUUUGACCUUCAGGUUGAAGCCAAAUAGGCUACCACAUUGUGCUCAUCUUCUAGUAAGUGAUUCUUCUUUUGUAGGAAAAAAAAAAUAUUACUGAAAUAUAUAUGUAUAAUUAUUUCAAUGGAAAAUCUGCUUAUUCUGAUAUUAACCUUUGUUUAGCCAAAAGUUUUUGUAUAGAUUUUUUUUGUAUUUCAUGAACUGUAAAAUUUAUGACGAAGUUAUAUUGUAAUAGAUUUCUGAGCUGUUUAACACAUUUUGUUCAUUAAUGCCUUUAAAUUACAUUAUCUGCUAAACCCACUUUUUUCCUAUUUUUUAGUGAUUUAUGCAGUGUUUACCUAACAGGUUUCUAAUGUUAUCUGUACAUAAUUUCUUGUGCGAAAACUUGCAUGUUGAUUUUUUUUUUUCCUGCUGUUGCUGUUUCCCGUUUUACAAAGGACUGACCUCACUUUUAUCAGUUUAAGUGAGACCUUGGCCUUCCUAACUAUUCUGCUAGCUCUAUUCAUGAAAUAUUGUGUUCUUGUAAGCAUCUAUAAUUUUAUGUCAAUAGAUCAUAUACAGCUAUGCCUUCAUAAAUAGCCUUCCUUUGAUUAACUAUUUAAAUAUGUAUAUAUUUCUUUGGUUAUUUUACUGGAUGCAUUGUUGUUAAACACUCUUGUUAGUCUUCCAUUGCAAUCACCAAUCAUGCCCAUUUUCUGACUGAUUAUCUCAGGCCUUUAAUGAAGGUAACUCUUCUGCACAAGAAAUAUGCUCUUUAGGAACUGAGAAGUGCACUUAUUUCAAAAUGUCUACUUCAGGGUAUGAAUGUGAGAUUAAUGACCGUCCCACCCUUAAAGCGGCUAAGGUCAUAUUAAUAAUGCACUUUAAUAAGGUAAACUGUAUUUCAUAAUAAAAUUUUAUAUUCUGAUUUAGAGAAUUCUUAACAGGUUUAUGCAAAUUAUGGAAGUUUAAAAUUAACCUUAAAUUUGCAUGUGUUAUGAUAUGGAUGGAAACUGGCUAUAAAAUUUAAAUAAUAAACUUAUAGGAUGAGAAGGAAGCAGCAGAAUAAAAACAAGGAAAAGACUCACUGUUGUCUAGAAGUGCCCAUGUUAUUAAGUAGGGAUGGGAAAGAUCAAAGGUAAAAAGGUAGUUAGACUUUGCAGCUUGUCGAAAGAAUUGUGUUGAACAUCUAUAGUAUCUAUUCAAAUGGAAGAAAAUAGGAGGUGUAAUAGCAACCAUCUUAAUUAACUCUUUAAUAACUGAAUCUGAAGAAACUUGAAAUCUCAGCAGUGAAAACUUGAGCAGUAAGAUCAGGCCUAGUUAGAUGCAGCUAGUAAAAGUGUAUUAGGAAAUGCUUUGUAUGUCUUUUAAAUACUGUACUCAUAAGGGGAGGGGGACUAAAGAAAAAGUCAUGGCUGCCAAAAGGAAAAAAAAUACAAUUUUAAAAGUGAAGACAAAAAAAGUGUUUGGCUGCGUGAUCAAAUAUAAAGCUGUGAAUA